AACUAAUUAUGUUUAACUCAAUUGAUAUUUUAGCUAUUUUUAGGGUUAUGAAAUUUUGAAUUUAAAUUCAAGUAAAAGCUAAUUACUUAGGGUGGACCAAUGAGCAUAUAUUUGAAUUGCAAUUUUUUUUAAAAUUUAUCUUUUUAAAUUUUGUUAAAUAUAUAAAUUUAAGAUAUAAAUAUAUAAAAAUAUACCCAAAAUUUAGUUGGAAAUUAGUUGAUAUCAUUAAACUCCUUCACGAUUAAACCAAAAAGACAUAAAGGCCCCACGAUUAAUGGGAAGACAAACGUGCUAGUAACCAAGUACAAAAAUCAAGUCUAAUCAAACCGUCUUUUCAGUUACAUAAAUGUAUAGUUAGAGAAAAAGAAAAUAACUUUGGACAUUAUCGUUAAUUAGUUAUCAUAAUCAUGCAUUAGCUCCCUAACGACCCAAAAGAAAGAAAAGGACAGCAAGAAAACAAAAAGAAAAAAAGAAAAAAAAAAAGAAUAGAAAAAGAAGAACGACAUUAAACAUAUAAAAAAAGAAAACAUAGACAGAGACACAGACAAAACCCAGAUCCUUGGAUUGGAUCCUCUAACAAACCUUAACACUAACAAACAACCUUCACCAAACAUCAAAUCUCUGUCCAUUUCUUUGUCAUAUUUUUGUUUUUGUACGUGUGUAUGUGUGUGUGUGUGUGUGUGACCAUCAACCCGUGUUGAUUGAAAGCUAAGUUUCUGUGGUACAGAGGAACAAAGUGUGCAUACGAAGACAAUGACAAUGACAAUUCCCAUAAUGGGUAUCUUAAGAACCCAGCAAAAUUCGUGCUUUUCUUGUCUUUCUUGAACCCCGCAUUUCUCUAUAUGAGCUGAUUUUUUUGAGAAAGAUGGUGCAAUGUGGGUUCAAUUGGUGCAUUUCUAGGGUAUAAUUGUCUGGAGUCUUGUUUGGAUCUCCUUCAAGAUGGCUCUCUUUAGGAAGUUCUUCUACCGAAAACCACCUGAUGGGCUGCUGGAAAUUUCUGAAAGGGUUUAUGUCUUUGAUUGCUGCUUUACUACGGAGAUUUUGGAUGACGAUGAAUAUAAAAUCUACAUUGGAGGCAUAGUGAGUCAACUUCGUGAUCAAUUCCCAGAUUCUUCAUUCAUGGUGUUUAACUUUCGGGAGGGAGAGCACCAAAGCCUGAUUGGCAGCAUAUUAUCUGAGUAUGAUAUGACUGUAAUGGACUAUCCUCGCCACUAUGAAGGUUGCCCUUUGCUCACAAUGGAGAUGAUCCACCACUUUCUCAGAUCAAGUGAGAGCUGGCUGUCACUUCUGAAACAAAAUGUACUCUUGAUGCAUUGUGAACGAGGUGGAUGGCCAGUUUUGGCAUUCAUGCUUGCUUCUCUCUUGAUAUAUAGGAAGCAGUUCAGUGGGGAGCAGAAAACAUUAGACAUGAUUUACAAACAAGCACCACGAGAGCUUUUGCAGCUGAUGUCACCCCUCAAUCCGUUGCCUUCUCAAUUGAGGUACUUGCAGUAUGUAUCAAGAAGGAAUGUGGGCUCACAGUGGCCUCCACUGGAUAGGGCACUUACACUGGACUGUGUUAUUCUUAGAGUUAUUCCCAAUAUGGAUGGAGAGGGAGGUUGCCGUCCAAUAUUUAGGAUUUAUGGUCAGGACCCCUUAAUGGCUGCUGAUCGGACUCCCAAAGUUCUUUUCUCAACACCAAAAAGGAGCAAACUUGUUCGACAUUACAAGCAGGCAGUUAGCGAUUUAAUUAAACUAGACAUCCAUUGUCAUGUUCAAGGUGAUGUUGUGAUGGAGUGUAUUCAUGUGGAGAGUGAUUUGGAAAGGGAACAGAUGAUCUUCCGUGUCAUGUUCAAUACAGCCUUUAUUAGAUCAAAUAUCUUGAUGCUUAACAGUGAGGAAAUCGACAUGCUAUGGAAUGUUAAAGAUCAAUUUCCAAAGGACUUCAGAGCAGAGGUUCUGUUUUCAGAGAUGCAUUCUACUUCAUCUCUUGCUACAGUUGAUUUGCUCGGUUUGGAGGAGAAAGGCGGUCUUCCUGAGGAUGCAUUUGCUAAAGUUCAAGAGUUUUUCAGCAACGUGGACUUGCUAGAACCAGAAUCUGAUCUGACACUAAAUCUUCUCCAACAAUUCAGUAGACUUCAAGAAAAUUUGGAAAUUGAUUCUUCUCAGAGAGUAGAAAUAGACCGUGUUAUGCCAGAGUCAACUAUUGAAAAAGUUCAAGGAAAAUCAAAUCAGAAGGAGUCAAAAUAUAAUUUUAUUCUCUCUAUUAAAUCACCUUCUGAUGCAAGUUCAACUAGGGAGAAGUCUGAAUCCCAGGAACUGAUGAUUGCUUCCCAAUCAAUGCCUUCCCCUAAACCAUCUCCAGAUGUAAAUAUCAUCCAGAAGAGGGUUGAGUCCUCUCAAGAACUACAUGUUUCUCUCCAACGGUCAGCUCAAUCUAAGAUCAUAUCCCCAAGAGUGCAAAAGACUUUGCGAUCCUCACCAUAUAGCACAUCCUCAGCCAUUGGCAUCUCAGCUUUGUUGCAUGAUGAUGGUGCAUCUAAUGGUGAGGAAAUCACCCGUCAAGUGACAAUAACAUCCUCAGCAAUUUCAUCUCCUGUCACAAAUGUACAUAAACCCAUGCAGCUUAGUCAUGUGUCUAAUGUAAGACUGCCACCGUCACCACCCCCGCUGCCCCCAUCACCAUCUUCUACCUCAUUACAAUGUCUAAAAGAAGCUCUUACAACUUCGGUACAGUUUUGUGCUACUAAUUCUCCUCCUCAACGAACUUCAAAAGCAACAUAUUCUUCAGCUAAUGAUUCUCCUGAGGAAUUGUCAGAGACAGGUCUGUCAUUACUGAGGAGUGCGCGUCCACCUAGACUAACUUCUUCUCCUGGGUCAUCUUCUUCUCUUGCAAGUGGCAGUUCUUCAACUCUCCCUCCUCCUCCUCCACCUCCUUCCUUCUCAGGGGAAUCCUCAUUACCAGCUGUUGAAAAAUCAAUCUCAACUCCUCUUCUUCCACCCCUUUCUUUUCCCAGAACAUCUCCAUCCUUCGCUAUCAAGCCGCCACCGGCACCUCCUCUACCAGGGGUUCUCUCAAUAGCACCCUCCUCAGUUUCUUCUCAGCAGCAUAUAAAUAACUCGGAAGUUAUUUCUAAACCUUCUCCACCACCUCCUCCUCCUUUGUGUUCUCAAUCUCUAUUGGGGCCUGCUGGUGUCACUUUAGUGCCAUCACCACCCCCUCCUCCUACUUCUACAGUUAGUGUUGCUUCAGUGUCACCACCCCCUCCUCUUCCUAGUUCUGCUCCAACGGAUUCCUCUGCACAUAUUCCUCCUGUGCCACCGCCACCUGCUCCUUGUGCCAAAGGAUUAUCAAAACCCGGUGGUACCUCUUCACCAUCACAUAAUGGAGUUGUCAAUGGAAAUGUGCCUCCAGUUCCUGGACCACCUUCUGGUGCUCUGUUCAGUGCAAAGGGACGAGGCUUAUCACGUUCAAGUCCAAGAAAUCAGGCUCAACCUAGAAAAGCCAACUUGAAGCCCUACCAUUGGUUAAAAAUAACUAGAGCCAUGCAGGGAAGUCUAUGGGCUGAGGCACAGAAAUCUGAUGAAGCUUCCAAGUUUGUCUGUGCUAGGACUCCAGAAUUUGACAUGUCAGAACUCGAGAGUCUUUUCUCAGCUGCUGCUCCAAAUACUGGUCAUGGAAGCACUGGAGAAAAGUCAUCUCGCCGCACCUUGGGAUCUAAAUCUGAUAAAGUGCAACUGAUUGAGCUUAGACGAGCAUAUAACUGUGAGAUCAUGCUUUCGAAGGUUAAAAUUCCUCUGUCUGAUCUAAUGAGUGCAAUCCUUGCCAUGGAUGAUUCAGUUCUAGAUGUUGAUCAGGUUGAUAAUCUUAUAAAGUUCUGUCCAACUAAAGAAGAGAUGGAAUUGCUCAAGGGUUAUAGCGGAGAUAAGGAUAACCUAGGGAAGUGUGAACAGUUUUUCUUAGAAUUGAUGAAAGUACCACGAGUAGAGUCGAAGCUAAGGGUUUUCUCAUUCAAACUACAAUUCCAUCCCCAGGUUUCUGACCUAAGAAGGAACUUAAAUGUUGUAAAUUCAGCUGCUGAAGAGGUCAGGAGUUCACGCAAGUUGAAAAGGAUCAUGCAAACUAUUCUUUCCCUGGGUAAUGCUUUGAACCAUGGAACUGCAAGAGGUUCUGCAGUUGGAUUUCGAUUGGAUAGUCUCCUCAAACUCACAGAUACACGAGCUAUAAAUAACAAGAUGACUCUCAUGCAUUAUCUCUGUAAGGUACUUGCUGAAAAGCUUCCAGAACUGCUGGAUUUUCAGAAGGACCUCAUGAGUUUGGAGGCUGCGACAAAAAUACAAUUGAAAUAUUUGGCAGAAGAAAUGCAAGCCAUUAGCAAAGGGCUGGAGAAAGUUUUGCAGGAAUUAACUGCCUCAGAGAAUGAUGGCCAUGUGUCUGAAUACUUUUGCAAGAGCCUAAAGGUAUUCCUUAGUUCCGCAGAAAGUGAAGUAAGGUCAUUGGCUUCCCUCUAUUCCACUGUGGGCAGAAAUGCAGAUGCAUUGGCCCUUUAUUUUGGAGAAGAUCCUGCACGUUGCCCAUUUGAGCAAGUUGUGUCUACUCUGCUAAAUUUUGUGAAGAUGUUUAUCCGAGCACAUGAUGAAAAUUGCAAGCAGCUUGAACUUGUAAGGAAAAGAGCGGAGAAGGAAGCAGAAAAUGAAAAGUUGAAGAUGGAUGCUUCCAAGAAGGAGUCUGUAAACUUGAUACAGACUCCUAUCAAGAGUGGGAUUAUCAAAUGAUCAAGCUGUACUAUCUAUAUAAGCCAUAGUCUACCAAUCAAAACAGAAGUGGUACUCAUGUAGAUAAUCUUUGUUGUAUUAAUGGAUCAAAAUGCAUUGCAAGGAGCAAAGACAGUUUAUAGAGGCAAUGCUACGGAAAAAAAAAAAAAAAGCAUUUACCUUGCAGGAGCAAUAAGCAGUGAAGGAAACAAAAAUGGGUACUGCAAGGACAAAUGCUCAUCUUGAGCAGUAAGACAAAUGCUACUGUUUGUAAUAUAUAAUUUACCGAUGCCAUAGUUUACAUCUGUCUAUUGCUUUUGGUGCAGAGAUGGCUGCACCAAGCAGUCCAGUUCUGCUAUACUUGGUUCCUCGUAACUUAUACAGUAGUAGCCACAUUUUUUGUUAACAUUAUCAGUUCUGUAUAUUUUGAGUUGUUAGUGAUGUAAAUGUUGUUUACAUGUAGUAUAUUUGUACGAAUAUGAGCAACUUAAUUUCCUUGUAACAAAAUGGAGAGUGAUUCAAUGGAUUCAUUGCUUAGAAGCUAUGAACAUUCAUAUAAUCUGCUUCUUUUAA